CGCAAAAAGCGCGCUAAGAAGGAAAAGGACCCGAACGCCCCCAAGCGCCCCGCCACCUCCUACAUCCUCUACCAAAACGACUGCCGGCAGAGCAUGAAGGAGAAGAAUCCGGGUCUGCACAACACCGAGCUCCUCCGUUACAUCUCCGAGACGUGGAAGUCCCUGCCCGAGCAGGAAAAGUCGAGCUACGAGGCCAAGGCGGCGAAGCUCAAGCACGACUACGAGGAUGCUGUCAGGGAAUAC